GUCUUGGGCAGGGCUAGCUAAGGGUCUUGUCUAGUGAUGCUAAAGUUGUGUGGAAUGUGUUAGGCGCAAGAGACAGACUUGUAUCAAUUCUUUGCAUGCGCUAUUCAGCUUCAAGUGUACGUCAUCUUGGUGUUCACCUGAAGGCGCCCUGGCAUGCCUUGACCUUUCGGCAAGCUGUCAGUCUCAGACCGCAUACGCAAGCCCGAAACCUCAACUGUUCGCAUAACAGUCCAUGACGUGCCUGCCUCGUACCCUCACGAUUGCCGCGCGGGCAAAUAGACCAAGAUGUUUUCCAACGCGCUGAAAUCGUUCCAAUCGAACAUCUCCGGCAACUACACGCUCAGCGCCCAGCCCUCGUCUUACUCUGGACCAUGGAAGAUAUACGAUGCGAAGAAGAAGUCAACAGGCAAGGCGGUUUCUGUCUUUGUCUUCGAGAAGAAGUCGCUGGAGCCUCCUGGCGGCGCAGGCCUCGGUGGCCGCUCAGGCGCUUCGCAGCUGAAGCGCGCACACGAGGAGGUGAUCGAGAGGCUGAAGAAGGAGGCUAGCUCUCUGGCGCGACUGCGACACCCCAGCAUCCUGGAACUGGCCGAGCCGGUUGAGGAGACUCGUGGUGGAGGCUUGAUGUUUGCGACAGAGCCGGUGACAGCCUCUCUGGCUGGCCUACUUCAGGAGAAGGAUGAACAAGAGAAAGCUGGAGGUGUGGGCGGUCGCCGCAGCCGCUUUGUCGUCGAGGAGUCGGACGGACAGAAGCGCAGGCGGGAAAUCGAAAUCGACGAGUUGGAGAUACAAAAGGGGUUGCUGCAGAUCAGCAAGGGCCUGGAGUUCCUGCACGAAAGUGCUGGAUUGCUUCAUGCCAACCUCACACCGGAGGCUAUCUUCAUCAAUGCAAAAUCAGACUGGAAGAUUUCGGGCCUUGGGUUCUCUACUCCUGCAGAGAACUCGACGAAGCCAACCUCUGUGACGCCUAUAUCUCUCUCGGAAGUUUUAAACUACGAUGCUCGGCUGCCUCGAUAUGUCCAGCUCAACAUCGACUAUACUUCGCCAGAUUUUAUCAUGGACGGGAACCUAACGCCAGCUGCGGACAUGUUCAGUCUAGGUCUCUUAAUCAUUGCACUCUACAAUUCACCACACCAAAGUCCACUGGAAUUCAACGGGAGCGCAUCAUCCUAUAAGCGAGCGUUCUCGUCAUCUGGCUCAGUGCCGAGCAAGAACAAUAACUUCAUGAGCUCGCAGCCACUCCCGCGAGAGGUGGCAAAUGGAGUGCUUGAUCGGCUCAUCACACGGCGACCAGCACAGCGCUUAAACGCAAAGGAGUUUCAACAGGCACAGUACUUUGACAACAUCUUGGUCUCGACAAUCCGGUUCCUCGACUCCCUACCAGCGAAGACGCCGAAUGAGAAGUCGCAGUUCAUGCGUGGGCUGCCACGAAUUUUAAACCAGUUCCCGAAGUCUGUGCUUGAGAAGAAGAUAUUGCCAGCACUGCUCGAAGAGAUGAAGGACCGCGAGCUCCUGACGUUAAUUCUGCAGAAUGUCUUCAAAAUCAUCACCAUGCUGCCAUCAGGCAAGCGGGCCUUCACUGAAAAGGUCGUACCGAAGCUGCGCGAAACGUUCCUCGCCACUACUGCUCCUGCUGCAAAGGGCGUAGCACAAGAGCGUGACAGCCUCAAGGAGGCGGGCCUGAUGGUUCUACUAGAGAACAUUCAGGUUGCGGCAGACAACACGGGUGGAAAGGAGUUCAAAGACGACAUUCUACCAGUCAUCAACUAUGCUCUAGAGUCACCGACACAUUCGCUGGUCGAUGCAGCCUUGCGUACGCUGCCAAUCGUUCUUCCUAUCCUUGACUUCUCGACGACCAAAAACGAGCUUUUCCCCGUCAUUGCGACGAUCUUUGCAAAGACAAGCAGUAUGGGUAUCAAGAUCCGUGGGCUAGAGGCGCUGAAGACUUUGUGCGGAGGUGGGAAUGAUGAUCAGAAUGACUACCAGAGCGAUGGUCUGACCGGAAUGGUCGAGGCACCAAAAGCGAAAAGUUCCAGUGUGUCGAUUUUAGAUAAGUACACGAUACAAGAAAAGGUCGUGCCGCUGCUCAAGGGUAUCAAGACCAAAGAACCCGCUGUUAUGAUGGCUGCCCACGAUGUUUUCAAGGCUAUAGCACCGCAAGUUGAUGGUGAUUUCCUGGCUUUGGAUAUUCUACCGAUCUUGUGGCAGUUCGGUCUGGGGCCGUUGCUCAACCUUCCGCAGUUCCAAGCUUACAUGACGCUGAUCAAGUCUACUUCAGCACGCGUUGAGCAGGAGCAGACGCGCAAGUUGCAGGAGCUUGGUGCUAACAGCACAAGUGCGACCACGCGAAACGAGUUCAUGAGCUUUGGCGGCCCACCUGUGUCGAAUGGGUUCGACUCGAAUGGCGGUGACGAUACAAACUUCGAAGCGCUGGUGCGAGGCAACCAAGGCGCAACCGGCGGUUCAGACAUGCUAGGGAACGACCCGUGGGCCAGUGCUUCAGCAAAUGCUUCGGCAUCGUCUUCCGCUAUUCUGCCUUCGCGACCUGCAAACCGGGCCAACAGUUCCUCACCUGCGCCAGCAACCUUCUCCUGGUCUACACCACCGGUCUCCCCACCCCCACCUACGAAUCUCUCCGCACCUCAGGUGAACAGCAGAGCCAUGGCACCUGAUAACAACUUCUCAUCCCUCAACUCCUCUUUCCCAGCCAUGAGUCCUUCCAACCCUGGCAUCGGCAGCCCAAUUCUCUCGCAGCAGCAGAGCAGGCCUACAAUGGGAAUGAACAGCAUGAUGUCACAACCUGCAGCAACACCCUCGUACACAACGCCCAGUUCCGGCGGCGUAGAUUGGAGUAGAGCCAACAACUCUUCUGCAUCAACAUGGGGCAGCCCUUCUAUGGGCAACACCAUGUCAAGCGGUCUCUCAAACUUCUCGGCGAUGGCACCCUCGCAGCCCCAGCCUCAACAACGCCAGAACCAAACCGCAAGCCCGUACUCAGGUUUCAGCAUUGCUCCGCCACCUUUAAAGUCAGCGAACAGCGGAACAUUCAGCAUAGUGCCGCCUCCGAGUUUGGGUGCAAGCAAUAGAAGCACAAGUGCCAACGGUGGACUAGGUAUGAACAGCAUGAAGGGUGGGAAUAUGAACAGUAUGGCAGCGCUGAGAGCGCAGACACAAGGCCAACAAAAUCAGCGACAGCAGAGUCAGCCACCAACGAACUGGGGGAAUGGCAGUGAUAGCUUGAUAUAACACAAUUGAUGUAGCAAUCGAGUAGUGGGAAGAAGACCACUAUGCGGCCUCAAUCCAAUGCACAGUCCUUAUUGUUGACCCUUGAUAGAGGAGGAGAAGCACGUGCCUACAAAAUAUAACCCGAUAGUCUCAGCAAUCAUGCAAUUCAACAUCAAAGCCAGUGACGCUCGGUUCGCCAGUUACGAUGUAGGGUGCGGUGCUGCCGUUCAGGCCACCGACCCCGUCACAAGGCUCUAAACUAUCACAACG